AUGCACUGUUGUGAGGAGAAUAAGGUUGUGUUUGCUUCUCACAUGAUGAAGGGACCUGCUGUGUUUGCUUCGAGUCUUAUGACUAACCGAGGGGUACUUAAGGAUUUUGAACAUUUUAAGACUACUUUUUUGGACAAGUAUUUUCCUAGCACUUUAAGGACUCAUAAAGAGUUUGAGUUUCAGCAACUUAGACAUGGUACAAUGUCAAUGGUUGUGUAUGCUGAAAAGUUUGAAGAUAUGUUUGCUUACUCUAGUCAAGCUUCUUAUGCACCAGAUGAGAAGUGGAAGAUUGAUCAGUUUUUGUUUGGUUUAAGGGGUGAAAUCUCUCAUAGUGUGUCUCAGAGGGAAUUCACUACUUAUGCGGAAUUACUAAGGUUUAUGGAUGAUAGACGUAAAGGUCGUAGUAGACCCAAAACUCAGAAUUCUGAUUCAGAACCACGUAGUGGUAGUGAAGGUGUUUAG